AUGGCGCAGCCUCAGCUCCCGGUUUACAGCAUUUUCACGAUCAACACACCGUCAAUGUCGGUGACAAUAUCGUCCGACGACACUCCGUUGCCUGCAGAGCUUGGCGACGUGAAGCGUCCUGCCAGCCUGGUCACGGUCAACCAAAGCAUUGACCCGGGAGCGGAUACCGCUUCAACCAUCCCCGCUGCAGAACCGGUUGUCGAGGAGGCCUGGGCCGUUGUGGAAAAAGAGGAACCGGAACGCGCGGAACCACACGACUUCACGUAUUGGGACAAGCUCAGGCGCCGACACACAAAGACAGAGAUCAGAAGAUGGACUUCAUUCUUCCAAGAAACCCAACAGGACACCGCAUUCUACGGCAGGAACAUCGAAGUCGACGUCCCCGCUGCAGCAUAUUCCCAAGGCGUGUACUUCCAAAGACAACCGGACACAGUGGACGUGAAGGAGUUCAAGUUGCCCACAGAGUCUUAUGUAGCUCCGCCUGUAUGGAUCCGAAGAACACGGGGCACGUGCAAUGGACUGUUCCGCUGUGGACCAUGUGGCGACAGCCGCGCACUGUGA